CCAAAUUUUACAAUAACAAUAACUGAAAGUCAAAACACCAAAGGUGGUGGAUCCAACAGUGUCAAAUGUUAAACGAACAUUUUGGUUUCUCUCUCUCAUCAACAGAUCAACCACUUACCAUGUAAACUUUUUCUCCUUUGAUCAAAACCAACACCAUCCCUACAAUCCCAUUCAAGGCCUUUUCAGACUCUUUCUCGUUUCGUUGUAUAUUUCUUUUUCUUGCGUAAGAGGGGUUGUGGUUGACGAGAAGGAUGCAAGUUGAUUAAUUUAUUUGCAUCCACCACGAAGUGUUGGCAUUUUUGUAAUUCAUUCAAGGUUGAAUCUGAGAAGGGACUCGUAUAAGGUUGAAAAAUGGUGUUGAUUGAUGAAAAGAACCGUAACCGUGUGAUUAAAAAGGACACGAUGGAGCUUCCACACAAUGAUCAUGCAGUAACUGUGGCAUAUUAUGGAGAGGAGUUUCACCACGAUGUACCUCUAGCCCAUUUCUCUAGAAUGACUCCUUUAAACACGGAUAGACAAAACAAGGCGACGACAGAGAAUAAAUACAAGCUCUUAAACAGUUCGAUAAAGCAAGCUACACCUAGCGAGGCUCAAAAGUUUGCAAGUUCUAUUAAGGCUGCAACUGAAGGAACAUCAUCUCGUGGUGAGGUCAUGUCAUCUGCUGUUCUUCAAGCAGAGGAGAUCCAAUCAAAUUUGCAGUCAGAAUUCCCUAGUUUUGUGAAAUCUUUAGUUAGAUCACAUGUUGCAAGUUGUUUUUGGAUGGGGUUGCCUGUGUCAUUCUGUAAAAAACACUUACCAGAUAAGGAUACAACAAUAAUUUUGGAAGAUGAAUCUGGUAAAGAAUAUAAUACAAAAUACAUUGCAUGUAAGACAGGAUUGAGUGCUGGUUGGAGACAGUUUUCAGCUGUGCACAAAUUGCAAGAGGGUGAUGUGGUAGUCUUCCAAUUAAUUCAACCUACCAAAUUUAAGGUUUAUAUAAUACGAGCUAAUAAUACGAGGGAACUAGAUGGGGCCUUUCUAAGUCUUGACAAUUGCAUAAAACAAAAAAUGGGAGGCAAAGGUAAUACAGAUAUUGAUGUUGUGACAUGUAAUGCCUCAAAGAGAAAACAUGGAAAAUCUAUUCCACUAGACGUCCGAAAGAAAAAGAAGAGUAGCAUGUCAAGAAUGAGACCUAAGGCUAGGCCACCAGUCGAGCAAUCUGAAAACGAUAGUGACGAAGCUCUCUCAGAAGUUAUGGAGGGCUAUAAAAUGCUUGAAUUCAAAGAUGUGAAAGGUUUUGAAAAUUUCAGCAUCAUAGUUGAUGGAAUGCCAAUAGACGUCGAACUCUCCACUGAGGUUCGAAACAAGUACUAUAACCUAUGUUGUAGUCAACAUGCUUUUCUACACGACAAUCUCAUCAAGGGCAUGAACUACAAGUUGAUUGCUGGAAUUAUAUCUGAAACUGUCAACAUUGCUGAUGCCAUAAAAGUUAGUGUGAUAUGUACUCCACGUUUUGAAUUCACUAACUGGGACAAAACUUUGCUUGCCUUCGAGCAUUUGGGCAUGAAUGUUGAGUUUCUAAGAGUUCGAUUACGCCGUCUUGUAAGCAUUGCUUAUGAGACUAAUGAUGCCUUAGAAGCGAGAAAAUACUUGGCAUGUAGAAAUGAAUAUACUCGUGCAGAUGAUGAAAUAAAGAAUAUGGAAGCCAAACUCGAAGAAUUAAAGGGAGCAUGUUACGAGUUUGGUGCCUAUCUUGAGAGUUUGAAGUGCAAAGCCGAAAGCUAUCAUGUGAAGUUUAAAAAAGAGGUGGCUACUCCGUGGUGAAACUUUGUAUCUUUGUCUGAAAACGUGCACAUAUAUUUAUUGACUUGUGUGGUUAAACACAUUCAUUGCAAUAAAUGACUUUAGAUGCAAAAUAUGUCUCAACUGAGAUAUCUAUUGUAGUAUAUGUGCAAUUAUGUGAGUGGCAAUUAACAUAGCUACUAUUUUAUUUAUUUAUUUAUUUUUGCAUAUUUGUUGAUGAAGGUUUUUGAAUA